GAAGAACAAUCUUGAUUCAUUAUACACCUGCCAUUAUCAUGUGCGCUUGCACGCAUGAAGUUUAUUGAAGUACCUCAAAGGAGCGCCUCCAACGCCACGACGAUGAACACUAUGACAACUGUCUCGCCUACCUCACAUGUUGACUUCGCCUCGCUACACACUGCGGAGAAUCGCCCGCUUUUGAAAGAUGCCCGUCGUGAACUCCAUCGUAGAUUACAGAAGGGUGUUGAUUAUGCGCCGACACAGCGCCAUCUUCUCGAGAGAUAUCGGCAACUAAUAUUGUAUCCCGUAGCUGGGGACAAGACUCAACGAUGCCAGAAAGCGGUGACCACCGGGACCAGUCCUAUUGACAACCCAUCCACAUGUAGAUGUGCAUGUGUCGCGUGAAAGGACAGGGGGCGACAAAGCGCAGGAGAAAACAAAUGGACACGCGACCAGAUACUCAAUGUGGGCAUCGAGCAUGCAUUGCGCCCACCGCAUAUCCCGUCACGUUUGGCGUGAAAGCCACCAUACGUCUACCACUAUCACUGCGAGGAAGCUUGGUUGUGGAUCCGGUCUCUUCUUGUCCACACCGUACUAGAGCAGUACCAAAGCUGGGGGAUUUCGGUACCUUAAAACUCGACUAGGACCCGCAGGUUACCGCCUUGCUG